AUUAAAAACUAUCUUAUAUUAUAAAUAAAUAUUUUGAAAUAUAUUAAUUUCUUUUAUAUUUCUCUAACUUUUUGUACUAUGCAAGAUGCCAUCAACAAUAGAGAUGCAUGUAGUGGAAGGUCAAUGGUCAAGUGGUCUUUGUGAUUGCUUCAAUGAUCCUAUCAAUUGUGUGACUACUUGUUUUUUCCCUAGCAUUACCAUGGGUGAGAAUGCUGAGAUUAUAUCAAAAGGAGAAACAUCUUGUAUAGCAGCAACCACAAUUUACUUCUUGCUAUGCUCAAUAGGAUGCCAAGGUGGUUAUGGAUUUUAUUAUAGAUCCAAAUUGAGAAAAUUAUUAGGUUUGCCAAAGCAAACAUGUAAAGAUAAUUUGGUGCAUGGUUGUUGUUGUUUUUGUGCAAUUUGUCAAGAACAUAGAGAACUUAAAGUCCAUGGAGCUGAUCCCACCAUUG